AAGUUUAGAAAAAUCAGAUAACUGAUUAGAAAACUAAAAUGUUCAGGGCUCAAACAAUAAUUGCGUGGUUGAGAAUUUGUCAUCAGAACUAUAAAAUCUCCAUUUUUACCUCUCACAAAAAAAGAAGUAAGAUAAGACAAAGGGUGAGUUUUGUGUUGGUUUCUCCCACAAAAAUGCUGGCAACUUCACCAGCUUCAACGCCCAUCAAUUUCUGUUCUUUAACUAUCACUUCUUCUCUACCUGACAAAAUUAAGAAACCCAGAAAACUUAAGAAUCGAAAACACAAAAACCCACAUCUAAUUCAUCCAAAUAAAGGCAACAAUCUUUCAUUUCCAGCUUCAUCUUCAAACCCAGUUCUCCAGAUCAAGCAACUCCCAGAAAAUCAAACUCAAAUUGUAGCUCUUGAUGCAGUUGUUAAUGAUCUUGAAGAAGCAUUCCUCAAAAAUGGUGUCAUUGUUGAAACUCAGACCUUUUCUUCUCUUCUUGAAACUUGCUUCAGAUUGAAGGCGGUUGAUCAUGGUGUUCGAAUUCACCGUUUGAUUCCACGAAAGAUUUUAAGCCAAAAUGUUGGGGUUGUAUCAAAAUUGCUUAGAUUGUAUGCUGCAAAUGGGCGAGUUGAGGAAGCACACCAACUGUUUGAUGAAAUGCCUAAGAGAAAUGAGUCUGCUUUUGCUUGGAAUUCUCUUAUAUCUGGGUAUGCUGAGUUGGGUAUGUUUGAAGAUGCACUUGCACUUUACUUUCAGAUGGAAGAAGAGGGUGUUGAGCCUGAUAGGCAUACUUUUCCUCGCGCCUUGAUGGCUUGUAGUGGAAUCGGGUCGAUUUGUGUUGGGGAGGAGCUCCAUCGACAUGUAGUUCGUUGUGGGUUUUACAGUGAUGUGUUUGUGCUGAAUGCUCUUGUAGACAUGUAUGCUAAAUGUGGUGACAUUGUGAAAUCAAGGAAAGUGUUUGAUAAAAUUGCUUGUAAGGAUUUGGUUUCGUGGAAUUCGAUGAUACUAGGCUAUAUUCACCAUGAACUUUUAGCCAAGGCAAUUGAGAUUUUUCAUGACAUGCUUAAAGCUGGUUUUGAGCCUGAUCAUGUUACUAUAUCAAAAGUUGUCUCUAAGAUUUCGUCUUUAAGAAUUGGAACUCAAAUUCAUGGAUGGGUUCUUCGUCGAGGUCUAGAAUGGAGCUUGCCUAUCACAAAUUCUUUUAUUGUUUUCUACUCAAACCAUGGGCUUUUGGAUCAAUGCCGCUGGUUGUUUUCCCACAUACCGGAAAAGGAUAUAAUCUCGUGGAAUUCGAUCAUUUCUGCACAUCGAAAUGACCAUCAAGUGUUGACAUACUUUGAGCAGAUGGAAAACACUGGUGUAACACCUGAUGCCAUCACAUUUGUAUCUCUGCUAUCGGCGUGUGCACAUCUAGGUUUGGUAAAGGAAGGAGAGUCUGUCUUCUCAUUGAUGAUAAACGAGUAUGCAAUUACCCCGAUCAUGGAGCAUUAUGCCUGUUUGGUAAAUCUUUAUGGAAGGGCAGGGCUGAUUUAUGAAGCUUAUGACAUUAUAGCAAGUACAAUGGAGUUUGAGGCUGGUCCAACAGUAUGGGGAGCAUUGCUAUAUGCUUGUUUCCUACACUCCAAUGCAGAGAUAGGUGAGCUUGCUGCUCAGCAGCUUUUUGAGUUGGAACCAGAUAAUGAGCGUAAUUUUGAAUUGCUAAUACGAAUAUAUGACAAUUUGGGUAGACCAGAAGAUUCAGAAAGAGUAAGAAAGAUGAUGGAAGACAGAGGUUUAGAUUAAAAGAUGACACAAAUAUUGGACUGUGCAGGACUUUCGUAUGCAGGAAGUACUACAUUAAUCACCAAGAUAUUGUGACUAAUGCACAUCACACCUCCAUAUAUCCCAUAAAAAGCCCUUAAGUCACUCCUUUCCCUAACCCCUAUCAAGUUCGGAAACUUACUCGAUAUGAUACUGGGAUUUGAUACUAAUUACAAAUCUCUGUGACUAACCUAUCAUCUCGUCUCGUGAGACACGAGGUAUGCUUUCGUAACAUGCUUACGCAAAUCUUGCUUACCUUGGAAGUAGUAGUUUUCCUCUUUAGUACUACUAUGUCAUUGCUUGACUGCUUGUAACCUCUGUACAUAAUUGGAAAGUUGUUAGAGAGUCUAUUCUACUAAGAUGUGAUUGUCAAGAGGAAGUUGAAUAGCUUUUGUCAAUAUUCAACUGUCAAAUUGCAUCAUUGCAAUACGAUCAAAAAGAAGGUUAGGAAUCUACUUUUGAAAAUUGAGCGUGAAACUUGGAAGAAGGUUUGGUCUAUGUUUGUAUCAAGCACCAGAAAGUCAAGCACAUAUAUGGCAAUUGGUAGCCAUGUAUAUAUCAAAUGCAUUAUGCUAUAUGUAUAAUUAUA